UGACAUAGGAUGACCCCUGCUGGUCCCCUCUUACUGUCUGUGAUAUCGUCUCUCUUGUGGCUCACGCGGGGCUUCGACCCGGCUCCCAGCGCCUGCUCAGCUCUGGCCUCCGGGGUCCUCUACGGCUCUUUCUCGCUCAAGGACCUCUUCCCCACCAUCACCUCCGGCUGCUCGUGGACCCUGGAGAACCCCGACCCCACCAAGUACUCCCUGUACCUCAAGUUCAACCGGGAAGAGCAGGUGUGCACGCACUUCUCCCCUAUGGUGCUGCCCCUCGACCAUUACCUCUCCAACUACAGCUGCGGCCCCCGGGCCGAGGCCGGAGGACCCCCGCCGGGCGAGGAGGCUGGCGACGAGGAGCUGGAGGCCCAGCUGGAGCUGUGCCAGGGCACCGGCCCCUUCACCUUCCUGCACUUCGACAAGAACUUCGUGCAGCUGUGCCUGGCGGCCGAGCCCGAGGCGGCCCCCCGCCUGCUGGCCCCCGCGGCCCUGGAGUUUCGCUUCGUGGAGGUGCUGCUCAUCAACAACAACCAGGUGGGGGGCCGGGGGACGCCGCACUGCGGCCUCACCCAGACGGGCUGCAGCUGCCAAGCCGAGAGCCCCCCGGCCGCCGCCGCGCCGCCCCGGCGCAACGAGACGCUGUCCAACGCCCUGGCGCCGCCCGCCGUCCCCAGCAGCAGCAGCAGCGAGUGCUGCGUGACCGAACUGCAUUCUGGGAAUGCGAACGAUUUAUACGUGCCGGAGAUUAAAUACGGCAAUGACGUGGAGGAGAAUCAGAAGGUGAAAACGCAGUGGCCAAGGUCCGCGGAUGAGCCUGGGGUCUACAUGGCACAGACAGGGGACCCGGCAGCGGAGGAGUGGUCGCAGUGGAGCGUCUGCUCGCUGACGUGUGGGCAGGGCUCCCAGGUGCGCACGCGGUCCUGCGUCUCCUCGCCCUACGGGACGCUGUGCAGCGGGCUGCUGCGGGAGACCCGCGUCUGCAAUAACACCGCCACCUGCCCAGUUCACGGUCUGUGGGAGGAGUGGUCCCCCUGGAGCCUGUGCUCGCUGACCUGUGGGCGAGGGGUCCGGACGAGAACGCGGCGCUGCGUGGCCCCGCAGCAUGGAGGGAAGGCCUGCGAGGGCCCCGCGGCGCAGACUAAGCCCUGCAAUAUCGCCCAAUGCCCCGUGGAAGGCCAGUGGCUGGAGUGGGGCGCGUGGAGCCGGUGCUCGGUGACCUGCGCCAACGGGACCCAGCAGCGCACACGCCGGUGCAGCGUCGCAGCCCACGGCUGGGCCGAGUGCAAGGGAGCCCACGCUGACGCCAGGGAGUGUGCCAACGCCCCGUGUCCAAGUGACAGCAAGUGGGGACCGUGGAACCACUGGAGCUUGUGCUCCAAGACGUGUGACACAGGAUGGCAGCGGCGCUUUCGGAUGUGCCAGGGCACAGGCGUGCAGGGCUACCCGUGUGAGGGCUCCGGGGAGGAGGUCAAGACGUGCAACGAGAAGAAGUGCCCAGCCUACCAUGAGAUGUGCAAGGACGAGUACGUGAUGCUGAUGACCUGGAAGAAGACGGCCGCUGGAGAGGUCAUCUACAACAAAUGCCCACCCAACGCCACGGGUGACUGCCCAAGCCAGCUGCUCCAUGCUGCUUCCCCUUCUCUCCUGCAGGGUCUGCCAGCCGGGGGCAUACCCAGCUUCGCCCGGUGCAUCUCCCACGAGUACCGAUACUUGCAUCUCUCACUCCGGGAGCACCUGGCGAAGGGGCAGCGGGUCCUAGCGGGCGAGGGCAUGUCCCAGGUGGUGCGCAGCCUGCUGGAGCUCAUGGCUCGCAAGACCUACUACAGUGGGGACCUGCUCUUCUCGGUGGAGAUCCUGCGCAACGUCACCGACACCUUCAAGAGGGCCACCUACACCCCCUCCUCUGAGGACGUGCAGCGCUUCUUCCAGGUGGUCAGCUACAUGGUGGACGCGGAGAACAGGGACAAGUGGGAGGACGCACAGCAGGUCUCCCCCGGCUCUGUGCACCUGAUGAAGGUGGUGGAGGACUUCAUCCACCUGGUAGGGGGUGCACUCAAGGCCUUCCAGAGCUCCCUCAUCGUCACCGACAACCUGGUGAUCAGCAUCCAGAGGGAGCCCGUGUCGGCCGUGUCCAGCGACAUCAACUUCCCCAUGAAGGGGCGCCGGGGCAUGAAGGACUGGGCCCGCACCUCUGAGGACAAGAUCUUCAUCCCAAAGGACAUGCUGAGUCUCUCUUCCUCUGAGAUGGAGGAGUCGUCGCACUUUGUGGUGGGGGCCAUCCUGUAUCGCACGCUGGGGCUCAUCUUACCUCCUCCCAGGUCCCCCCUGGCCGUAACAUCCAAAGUGCUCACGGUGACGGUGCGCCCGCCACCCAAGCCCACGGAGCCCCAUGUCAUGGUGGAGCUGUCCCACGUGAUCAAUGGCACCUCGCACCCGCAAUGCGUCACCUGGGACUACUCCAAAAUGGAUGCUGGCGCUGGGAACUGGGACACGGAGAGCUGCCAAACGCUCGAGACCCUCCCGGCUCACACCAAAUGCCAGUGCAGCCAGCUGUCCACCUACGCUGUGCUCGCCCAGCUGCCCAAGGACCCGGCCAUGGACCCCUCGGGCAUCCCCUCCGUGCCACUUAUGAUAGGCUGCGCCGUCUCUUGCAUGGCCUUGCUGACACUGCUGGUGAUCUACGCAGCCUUCUGGAGGUUCAUCAAGUCAGAGCGCUCCAUCAUCCUGCUNAAUUUCUGCAUCUCCAUCCUGGCCUCAAACGUGCUAAUCCUGGUGGGACAGUCCCAGAUGCUCAGUAAGGGUGUGUGCACCAUGACAGCCGCCUUCCUGCAUUUCUUCUUCCUCUCGUCCUUCUGCUGGGUGCUGACCGAGGCCUGGCAGUCCUACCUGGCGGUGAUUGGCCGGAUCCGCACCCGCCUGGUCCGCAAGCGCUUCCUGUGCCUCGGAUGGGGUUUGCCGGCCCUGGUGGUUGCAGUCUCCGUCGGCUUCACGCGCACCAAAGGCUAUGGAACGGCGAGCUACUGCUGGCUCUCCCUGGAAGGUGGCUUGCUCUACGCCUUUGUCGGCCCGGCUGCCGUCAUCGUGCUGGUGAACAUGCUCAUUGGGAUCAUCGUGUUCAACAAGCUCAUGUCCCGGGACGGCAUUUCAGAUAAGUCCAAAAAGCAGCGAGCCGGCUCGAAGCAGCCCCCCUGCGGCAGCCUGCUGCUGAAAUGCACCAAGUGCGGCGUGGUGUCCAGCACGGCCAUGACCUCCGCCACCGCCAGCAGCGCCAUGGCCUCGCUGUGGAGCUCCUGCGUGGUCCUGCCGCUGCUGGCGCUCACCUGGAUGUCUGCUGUGCUGGCCAUGACCGACCGGCGCUCCAUCCUCUUCCAGGUCCUCUUCGCUGUCUUCAACUCGGUGCAAGGCUUCGUCAUCAUCACUGUGCACUGCUUCCUGCGCCGCGAGGUCCAGGACGUGGUGAAGUGCCAGAUCGGGGUGUGCAGGAGUGACGAGAAUGAGAACUCACCCGACUCCUGCAAGAACGGGCAGGUGCAGAUCAUGACAGAUUUUGAAAAGGACGUUGACCUGGCGUGUCAGACAGUGCUCUUCAAGGAGGUGAACACCUGCAACCCAGCCACCAUCACGGGCACCCUGUCCCGCAUCUCCCUGGACGGUGACGAGGACCCCAAGCUCAACACAAGCUCGGAAGGGGGCCUGGGAUUCUCCACCCUGCCCGGCAACAUCCCGCCCAGCAGCAUCCUCGUGCAGGUGCCCAAGAUGGCACCCAGCGUGGGCAAGGGCUUGAAUGAGCUGAGCGAUCCGCCCACCAAGAAGAACAUGGGCCUGGAGGUGCCGGGGCCCAUGUACCUGUGCCCCGAGAACAGCCUGCGGCAGGUGGAGUACGGCUGGAUGCGCCCGCCUGAGCCGGCAUUGGAGGGCGACUACAUGGUGCUGCCCCGGCGGACGGUGAGCCUCAAGCCCUUCGGCCGGGAUGAGGCCAAGCUCAACAUCCAGAUGGACGAGGUGCCGCAUGCGGGUAAGGGGCGCCCAGUACCUGAGGCCGAGGCCUACCCCAGCUUCGUCUCGGUGGAUCACAUCAACGUGAACUUGAACCAGCCCUACGGGACGGUGAAGCACGCCUACGGCCUCCAGUUCAAGCAGCACCCCACGGUCCGGCAGAUCCUGGCCUCCGAGCUGUCAGAGCGCAGCCGCACCAUGCCCCGCACGGUGCCCGGCUCUGCCAUGAAAGUGGGGUCACUUGAGAGGAAGCGGUUACGAUACUCAGACCUGGACUUCGAGAAGGUCAUGCACACGCGGAAGCGCCACUCCGAGCUCUACCAUGAGCUGAACCAGAAGUUCCACACGCUGGAUCGGUACCGGGCACCCGCCACCAAUGCCUCCAAGAGAGAGAAGCGGUGGAGCGUCUCCUCGGGCGGCGGGGAAAAGAGCACAUCCAGUGAGGUCACCAGCCCCGAGGAGCAGCAGCUGCAGCAGCAGAAGCAGAGGAGCUGGAGCACCUUUAAGGCCAUGACGCUGAGCUCCCUGCCCAGCGCGCAGCGGGAGAAGCUGGAGCUGCACUGCGCCGACUGGGACAGGCCCCACAUGAGCCUCGACGUCUCCGAGGGUGAUUUCCAGACCGAGGUGUGAGCGGCGCUGGGCACCGCCUGCCCAGCUUGGAGGAUGGGAGCACCCCUCUCUUGGUCUCUGGAGGGGCACCGCAGCUCCUGCCUCUCUCCCCGUCAGACUGUGCCCGUCCCAUGGGGGGCACCGCACCCCCCCCGUCUCCUUUCCCGUCUCGUCGUGGGGUUUCUUUUUCUUCUCUUCCCUUCCGCGGCGGCCGCCCACGGGACACACGCCUGGACACACGUGCACGCGGACACGCGCACGCCCCCUCCAUCGUGGCCCGCGGCCACUGACU